GGUGGGGGGGGGGGAAGAGCCGGGCAAACCUGGCCUCUCUCUCUCUCUCUCCUGUUGUUCUCCCCCGACGUCUCGGCCCAGGCUGGGAAGCCUCGGGGCUGGAACGCGAGGCAGCCAAGGCCUCGCGCGCUCCGGUCAAAAAAAAAAGCGCUCUCAGCCCAGCUGCUUUGGCAGUAAGACAUGCGCAUUGCGGAGCGCCCUCUCACCCCGCUCAGUUAUGCCAAGUAUGUGAGCCCGAGCUGCAGCAGCGGCGGCGGCGGUAGAGUGAGAGGCGCCCAAGGACCAACUCGAGAAGAUCAUGGCGCGCUCUCGCCAGCCGCUCUCCAAGCUGUUGCGCUUGCCGUUGCCACCGCCGCCGCCUCCGCUUUGCUCAAGGCGCCACCAAGCAGCGGCACCUUUGCUGCGCUCGACGGCAGCGAACUGAAGGAGACGGACCAGGCAUGGCUGACCCUCUGCGGAGGACUUUCUCCAAGCUGCGAAGUAGGAGGUCGCAGCGAGUAACCACAGGCGCCGGGGAAGCCGCCGCCGCCGCCGCCGCCAGGGACCCCAGCGAGAGAGGCGUCGGAGCCCUUGGAGGGAAAACCCAGCACCUCCAUCACCCCUGCCUGGAAAACGGAGUGGCGACCGAAGCGUGUCCCGGGUUGGGAAGCCAGGUGGGCGGUUGUGAAGUGCUCCUCGUGUCCCCGUUGGAAGGGCCGGGUUUGCGGGAGCCGGCUGCCUGGUCCCGGUGGGGAAAGGCGGAGAUGCCCGGAGAAAGGUUGCCGGGAGCCGCCGUGUCCCGCGCUUGCCCUCCGAGAAAGCGCGCGGAAGGCAGGGCACGGCAGCAACCGAGCCCCCCGGAACUCCGCGCUCCUCCGCUGGCCGCCGAGCUCUGCUUCUCCUCGUCCUCCUUUUUCCCGAGGGGCUCGGAACCCGGCCCGGCCCUGGAGUGCGGUGGCGGGAGCGAAGACGAAGACUAUUACGAUAACCAGAGGCUGCCUGGCUGGGGCUGCCAAGGAACGACCCGAACGGCCGAAGAAGCAGCGCGGGGAAACAAGGAAGGCAACGCGGCCGCCGGUCCGGUUGCUGGCGGCGGCAGCAGCAACAGCAGGGCCAGAGCGAGAGAAAGCACCGGCAAACUGCGAAGCCAGCUCCAGGAGGCCUAUUACCUGUUGAUCCACGCCAUGCACGACCUGCCUCCGGCCAGCCCUACCGCUGGAGGACCCUCGCCCCAGCCCGCUAGCCAUCUGCCCGCCUCUGAGGCUGCAGGGGGUGAUGCUUUACGCUGGUCUUUCUCCUGCCCGGACGGAUGCUCCCCCUUGCAAAGAUCCGAUCCCAGUGCCCAAGGCUCAGCUAAGAAUCCCAUCUGGCGCCAGGGCAUCAGCAAGAGUCUUGAGAGCCUCUGCUGUGCCCAGCCUUCCGCUUCCAAGCUGCCGCUCCUGCCGAGAUGGAGAUGUCGGAGCGAAGGUGCACUCCAAUCUCUUCCUCAGGAGCCAUUGGAGCCCCGUGGCCACCUGCUGCUCGAACCUCAGGAACUUGGUACCAGCCGGGAAACCUGCUUCCUGGCAGCUGCCACACACGGCUCUGGUGACAGUGACUGUGAGAAGAGCCUCAGCUGCCAAGGCCUUGGUAAAGCACAUCCCUCAGGGCUCCAGGAAGACUUGGAGGAGCUGUUGGCCCCUGAGCUGUGUGGAGCCCAGGGCAAAAUGGCGGAUUCAGCAAGAGCAGCCAGGUGUAGUCGUGAGGGAAGAGCCCAGCAGCCCCCAGAAGAUGCCUCCCCGGGCCCCUUCAAGCCACCCGCCGUGACUGUUCGGAAGCUGCAGAAGUGGAUGUACAAAGGACGCCUGCUCUCCUUGGGCAUGAAAGGCCGGGGUGGGACAGCUGGGAUGUCCCCCCCAUCUUCCCGCACCAAGGUCACUGGGAGUGGCAGACCACUUCUUGGCAGAGGAGAGGGGCUCACACUUUCGCCCCCUGCUCACUUGAAUGGCCCAGGGACCAAGGCCCGAGUAUCCCCUUCAGACCAAAGAAUCUUGCUGACAGAGCUGAUCGAAAAUGUUUACAUACCUUCUGUGAGGAGAAGAGAACUUAAGAACUUGAAAUCCAGUGAAGUUUCUGAGUGCAGGCCUCAGAUUGCUAGCAUUACUGUGUCCAAGAAGCGGAACUGGUUACAUCAAAGUUCUCGGAGAGUACCUAGUUUGGAAAAAGGAAACUCUUACAAGAAAUUUUCAGGAGAAAAUUACCAGGUACUGAAAUCUUCCAGUCCUUUCUUUGAGCCAAAAAUGCCUCAGACUUUUUCCAAAUUUCUAGGACAGGAAAGCCCUAGAGGAAGAGUCAGUUCUGCACAUGCUGCUGAGAAUGGAACAAGAUCUUUGGCACUAAAAAACUGUACUUUAGAUUUUGGUGAAGAUAAUGAUGCAGAUGAUGAAGGAGAAAUAUGGUACAAUCCUAUCCCUGAAGAUGAUGAGCCUGAGUUCCCUUGUUUUCUAAGUGGCCAUAAUAAUCAUUUGGACCCCCAAGCCUUGAAUUGCAAAAUAGCACCUGGGAAUGAUUUAAUCAAAGUCAUAGGGCAUAAUGAAGGCCUUCCUCAAUUUUUAGACUGUUCUGGAAAUGGUCAGCCUAGAGAAACAAGUCAAAUAGAUAAUGUGCAUUCAGUGGAAUAUUUGCAAACACAAAAGCCAAAGCCUGUAUGCAAUACUCUGACUGGGUCUGCAGUGGAUGAAGGUCUUCUUAAAGCUACUACAGAAGGUCCUGGAAUCAUGUCUGCAAACAAGGCAGAGACAGGAACAGCAGAAUUUUCUCCUCCAAGCCCAAACCCACUGAAAAAAGGUGGCUCGAUAAACUGGUCUUUCCCUGAUAAAAUAAAAUCCCCAAGAACAGUCAGGAAACUUUCCAUGAAGAUGAAAAAAUUGCCUGAACUCAGCAGGAAGCUCAGUGUCAAAGGAAAUUCAAGCCAUAAUAGCUCAGACAAUUCCUUGUUGCUUAAAAAUAAUUGCCAGGAGGUAGGCCAUGCACCGUUAGCUUCUUCUGGAAAUGUAACAGCAGCUGCUAGCAGGAAUGUUAUAAGCCGGUAUCAUCUUGAUAGCAGUGUAUCCUCUCAACACAGCUAUAAAAAGAAAAACAGAGGGACUUCCAAAUCCUCCAGCAAAGGGGGCUACCUCAGCGAUGGAGACUCUCCUGAGCUUAUAGCAAAAUCAGGGAAAUACGCAGCUGAAAGCAGGGUUGGGAAAGGAAAGGAAGUAUUUGCAGGUAACAUGGGUAAUAAAUCAGAAAUAGACAUUGAUGCUUUUCGACACUACACUUUUGCUGACCAACCCAAAUGUUCCCAGUACAUAUCUGGACUCAUGAGCAUUCACUUCUAUGGUGCAGAGGAUCUGAAACCACCACGGAUGGACUCCAAAGAUGUCUUCUGUGCAAUUCAGGUAGAUUCUGUCAAUAAAGCAAGGACCGCUUUGCUGACUUGCAGAACAACAUUUUUGGACAUGGAUCACACUUUUAACAUAGAGAUAGAAAAUGCUCAGCAUCUAAAAUUAGUGGUUUUCAGCUGGGAGCCCAUGCCAAGGAAAAACCGGGUCUGCUGCCAUGGUACGAUAGUUCUUCCUGCGCUUUUUCGUGUGACGAAGACUCAUCAGUUGGCAGUAAAACUGGAGCCUAGAGGUCUUAUCUAUGUCAAGCUAACUCUUCUGGAACAGUGGGAGAAUUCUCUUUGUGGGACAGAUGGAGAACGAGAACCGAUACUCUUUGGAGUUGAUGCUCGGAAAGUUGUUGAGAAGGAAAAUGAAGGUUUGAUGGUCCCUCUCUUGAUGAAAAAGUGCAUUACGGAGAUUGAAAAAAGAGGUUGCCAGGUUGUAGGGCUCUACCGUUUAUGUGGGUCAGCAGCUGUGAAGAAAGAGCUCCGAGAGGCAUUUGAGAAGGAUAGCAAAGCAGUUACUCUAUGUGAAGCUCAGUUCCCAGAUAUAAAUGUGAUAACAGGUAUCCUCAAAGAUUAUUUAAGGGAGUUACCUUCUCCAUUGAUAACUAAACAACUUUAUGAAGCAGUAUUGGAUGCCAUGGUAAAAAAACCUUUGAAAAUGACAGCAAAUGGAUGUGAAAAUGAUUGUACUGAUUCAGAAUAUACAAUGGCUCUCUUGGAGUGCCUGCCAGAAGUUGAGAAAAAUAAAACUUUGAUUUGACUUCCAGUGACUUCAGCUAAGUUGGCUCAAUGAAUUGAUUCACAAGAUGUUAAGACCACAUCAGGGAUUCUCAACAUUGGUGAUACCAUGAUCUCCUAAAAUAAAUAUAUUUGUGUACCCGCCUCUGAAUAAUAAUAACGAUUUCAUUGAUUUAUUGGAGUUAACAGUUUGGCAAAAACAUAUCAUUUUUAAUCAUUAACAUUGAAUCGCUCUAUCAUAUAAAAGGAAAUAGAGCCUUGCAACUUUAUCAGUUUUCAUUGAAAUGGUGAAUGACAUAUAAAACCCCAUUUUUCAUAGGAAAGAUUAAUUUCAUUUCGGUUGCAAAUCUGGACUUUAUUUUUGAGAAAGCCACUAUGUUCUACGUUCAUUUUGGAUUGAUUUUUGCUUUUUAUAGCAGCAGUUGGAGAAAAUGAGGACUCCUCUGUCAGCUUGUUGAGGGAGCCAAUUCUGAGCUGGACUUGCAUGCCCUUUUGCUGGAGACUGUCAGAAUUUGCUUUGAUGUUGCUUGUACAAAGCAGCUGUUGGUUUGUCCAGGCAGAAUCACAAGAAGUGAUCCAGCUUUGCACAUGAAAGCCAUUAGACCAUAUUCAAUUUGCUCUAUGCCAGCUGGGAAGGUUGGCUGCCGGCUUGUCCAGGCAGAAUAGGAGCAAGUUCUGGCAGUAACUCAGCUUUGCCAUUAGGUUUGCAAAGUCACUUUGCAAAGAAGAUUUGCUGGAAUUAUUCUGUAAUCAAGCCAGUCUAUGUGUGUAUAGCAGAAUAGAUGCAGCAUGAAACUUGCAUGCAGUUGCAUUGAAAGAAAGACUACUUAAGUAUUCCUUUAAAAAGAUUUACCAGUCUGCCUAACCUUAAUCUUUCCAAACCCUCAGUAAGUUGUUUAAUUCUCUUCUCCCUAACAAGUACGAGGAAGUGAUGUGAACAGUGAUUUGGGGGCUUUCCUUUGCUGCUAUUGUCUGAUGCCAGCUAAAGGUAGACAGUUACAUAACCAUUUCUCUCCUUGAAUUGUUUGCUGCUGCAACUUCCAGAGGGAAAAAAAAGAUACAGAUCAACACCAAAACAUUGCCUGAAGCUACUCAGGGUUCUUCUUAAUAAUAGCAGAUUGGCCGGCAGCACACUAACACGGUUGUCCAAUUAUUGAGGCAAGUUGGAUUUUGCUGGUAAAUUAGAACAAGGCUUGCGAAAUCUAUAAACAUCAAAAUGACCAUGAUAUGGCACUAAAACGAGCUCGCUUUGUUUUAUUUUAGUCUUUUGGAGACUGUGUGGAGUUUUGUAGCCCAAAUCAGAUAGCUUCAGGUAGAGCAAAUUGUGAGCUGACUGACUGGGGUUUGUAUGUAUGGGUAGAAAAAACAUUAAAGUUCUGUUUGAGAGAUGGAGAAGAACAAUGGCCACCAAGCAAAUAUGAAGCGGUAGAUUCCUCCCACUCCAUUUUGGUAAGCCAUCUUUUUUUGGAAGCACUUCAUUCAACCUCUUUUGAUGUUAGAAAAGUGUAGAUAUGCUAGAGUUGAGGGAAAGAGGCAUUAUUAGGGUUCCGGACAACAUAAAUUAAUAUAGGCAUGGGGUUAUUCCCAGGGGUGAAUACCAGUUCUGCAGAACUGGUAGUGGAAAUUUUAAGUAGUUCAGAGAACCGGCAAAUAACUCCUCUGGCUAGUGCCAGAGUGGGGUGGGAAUGCAGAUUUUGCAAUAUCCUUUCCCUGGAGUAGAGUGGGAAUGGAGAUUUUGCUGUAUCUUUCCCACGCCCACCUAGCCAUGCCCGCCACGCCUACCGAACCGGUAGUAAAAAAAAAAUUGAAUUUCACCACUGGUUAUUCCCCCUGAUUAUAGAAGUUUAAUGUUUUGUAUGCUUUGGAAAUUUGGCUGAGAAUGGGAAGUACCCACUAGCACCUAAACUAAGGGACACAAUCACCUGGACCCCUUUGCUCCUUUAGCAUGAUUGUGCAGGUGAUCCUGUUUGUGCAGCCUCUUUUAACUUUGUUGCUAAGCUUAUCCACUGCCAGAAAUCACAGUUUUUCUGUGUCUUUCCAUUAUUCCACACAGCAGGUCUCAUAUAAUAAACAAAGGGAAGCACGUGAAAGGGAACUUGUGCCUUUAAAGGCUUCCACUUGGCAGUUCUCAUCAGGAGUCCAAACCUGUAGCAAACCAUAUGGAUUUUGAUUGGGAAGCAUUUAUCCUGGACGUUAUAGGGAGGAGAGAUUCGUUAUGCAUGUGCAAAGCACUGAAAUAAUCAGAUCAGUUUGGUGGUAGUAAUAUGAUACAAUGGUUUCUUUAAAUCCAAUCUCCAACGCACAUUUUUUGCACACUGUCAAAUAAUACAGAAGGAUUUAAUUCAAAGUUAUUGGUAGAAACAAAUGGUUUUCAAGCAAAGCUGAACACAGUGAAUACUUAUUAUUAACAAUACGGCUAGUCCUCAACCAUUUGUUUAGUGACUGUUCAAAGUUACAGUGUCAUGAAAACAGUGAUUCACAAUCAGUGCUCAUGUUUAACAACUAUCUUGCUUAGCAAGGGAAAUUCUGGUUCCAAUUGUCAUAAGUUAAGGACUACCUGUAAUGCUCUUGAUUUGAUAAUAAUAAUUUAUUAAAUUUGUGUGCUGUCUUGCUACUCUGGACAAUACACAAGGUUUUUCUCCUGGCAAGCUACCGGUUUCGGGCACCUAUGCCUAAAACAUCAUAACAUAACAUAACAUAACAUAACAUAACAUAACAUAACAUAACAUAACAUAACAUAACAUAACAUAACAUAACAUAACAUAACAUAAUAUAACAAUAGAGUUGGAAGGGAUCUUGGAGGUCUUCUAGUCCAACCCCCUGCCGAGGCAGGAAACCCUACACCAUUUCAGACAAAUGGCUAUCCAACAUUUUCUUUAAAAUUUCCUGUGUUGGUGCAUUCACUUCUGCAGGCAAGUUGUUCCACUUAUUGAUUGUUCUAACUGUCAGGAAAUUUCUCCUUAGUUCUAAGUUGCUUCUCUCCUUGAUUAGUUUCUACCCAUUGCUUCUUGUUCUACCCUCAGGUGCUUUGGAGAAUAGUUCGACUCCCUCUUCUUUGUGGCAACCCCUGAGAUAUUGGAACACUGCUAUCAUGUCUCCCCUAGUCCUUCUUUUCAUUAAACUAGACAUACCGAGUUCCUGCAACCCUUCUUCAUACGUUUUAGCCUCCAGUCCCCUAAUCAUCUUUGUUGCUCAUAAUUAAUUUUAUAUGGUGUCAUAAUAUGCUGAACAACAAUGUGGAAACUUAUUUGUCUGUUGCAGAGAACCUAGUGAUGGAAACCAGCUGUAGCCUUUUAUGGGCAGGCAGCUAGACAAAACAUUUUUCUAAGCAGAGUUGCUUUCCUCAGAUUUUACAAAAAGAUGGGUUUUUUAAUCAUCAGCAUCUCUCCCCUUCUUUUUCACUAUGCUCUGUAUUUAACCCUAGACAUGUUAUUUGACCAUAUAUUUCCCUUUCUAAGUAAUUUCAAUUAUGAUAGGGUGCUUCAUAAAUUAUUGCUUUCAGCUAAUAUCAUCCCCCCAAAUGUUGAUUAAAUUAUCUUCUGUCUUUGCAGUGGAAUGCCAACAUAGAUUUUAUAUAUGUUUUCACUAGUAUGGUAUCUUUUUUUUUAAAAAAAGAGAUAAUUUGUUUACCUUGCAAUCUGCAAUAUCUGUUGCAAAUAAAGAACUAUAAAUCACAAAAAAGCCAAAAACAAGAGAAUCCAAUUAGGCUGGGAAAGACAUUUUUUCUGAAACUUCAGAGGGUCCAAUCAGAUAAUAAUUAUGAGAGGGAUUGUGUGGUAUUCCAAUUUUGGCAAUGCAGCUUCCUGUAUUCUUAAUGAAGUGGUGGGAACAUCUUACUAUGUUUGUUGGUUUUGGCACCAGAAAAUUGCAGUUCACUGGCCUUUGCAAAAUAUUUCCUUAAGGGCAUGUAUAGGAUAUUGAGCAGCUGCAAAAUCCUCAGAUCUGUGUGCACUUCUGCUUCACAAAAAGGUAUUCUUGAAAUGUUAUCUUAAGUGGACACCGCUAGUGGGCAUGAAUGACAGUGUUGUGAUGGAAUUAAAGGAACAAGGCCUUCAAUAAUAUUGCCACUGCCUCUCUUCUUAAUUACAUUUUUUCCCUGUGAUUAAUGAACUAAUACCAUUCCUCUUUUUCUUUAGGCAACUCUAAAGAUGCUCUUGGACCAUUUGAAACUGGUGGCUUCAUACCAUGAAGUAAACAGAAUGACUUGCCAGAAUUUAGCUGUGUGUUUUGGGCCUGUAUUACUUAGUCAGUGGCAGGAAACUACCAGCCACAACAACA